GUUGAAAUUUGCAGUUUCUGUGUUCAAGUUUUUAAUUCUUCAGCUUUGAGGCUUUGAAGCUAUUUGGAUGCUUGAGUUUCACAUGUAAUUAUCAUUCUUCAGAUAUUGAGUCUAACAGUGCCAGCUGUCACAAGCACCAGGAACCAAACUGGAGGAGCUGACAGUCUCUAGGCAUAGGCAGGUGACGUGACUUAUCCAUGGCCAUAUGGCCAGCUGAGUCAGGAUUAAAAUUCAAGUCUUAUGAUUUUCCUAAAGAAUGCCAAGCCUGUGGGAGCCAGCUGACUUUCUGCCACAGCUUUGCAAAGGACAAACCACAGUUUAUGCCUUAAGUAGUUAAAAUAGUCAUGUAAGACUGGUCUCAGUUUCCUCAGUGUAGAAAUAUGAGUGCUGGUGCUAACUGUCUUUACGGCAGGCAACUUCCUGUUCUGUGCUGUGUCUGAGACGACCUGUGUUUGCUUUCCAGGCUCUGGGAAAGUUGUCUUGCAGGAGCAGGUGAAUUUUUGCUUGCUAAGCCCCAGCACAUAGUAUGGCAGGAGUUACCUGGUGUAAUCCAUAGCUCUGCAUCAGGUUUGUCAGGUGCUGGACACUGCCCAAACCUGGACUGUACAGUAUCAUUAGCUGACCUUGAGCACAGGCAGCCAAACCCAUGGGGGAAGACAGGGCUGAAGUCAAAUAUUACACACCAGGGUGAUUUGUGCAUGUUGUGUUGGAGCCCUCUAGAUCCCUGGCACUUCCAUCCUCCCAUUAGGUCUCCCAGGCUCUGGGAAAGGAAGUUUUGGUCUCCAAUACAGUUUGCAGAGGUGGAGGUGGCUGAGAACUCGUUUGAACGGAAGCUGGGACUCCAUCUCUUGUGGAAUUGAUGCUGAUCAAACCAUGUACCCCAAAAACAGUCCCAUAAAGCUUUGUCAGCACCCACUGGCUACAGCUGGAGCCCCGUUUCUGUCAGCGUGUUCAUGGGAACAGUGAAUGUUUUCAUACAGUUUCAAAGGGAGGCUGGACAAGUGUCUUGGAAGAUAAGGAAGGAAUUGCGCCAGGCUGGCAGUGGCUAUUAGCUGGCAGAUGUCUUCAGGGAAGUCUUCUCCUUGUUUAUCCUGCUGUAACUCUUCCUUCACCAGCCAUUCACAGCCACUGUUGAGGGCAGAAUGCUGGGCUAGACAAACUCUGCUGUGACCCAUUGUGGACCUUUUUGUGAUGGAAAUCAACAGCUCAAGAUGCAGACGUUGUCCUGACUCCAGGUUAGGUGUGGAAAUUGAUUCUUACUGGUGUUGACCUUUUCCUGCCAGAAGGGACUGGGAAAAACUAAUUCUGACAAGAAGUUUUGGUAACAAUCACUGGCUUUGUCACUGGAGGUGGCUUGACUUCAUCCCUCUGGCAGAGCCUGGCAGGUUUGUCUGACCAAAAGCAUUAGCUGCCUGUACAUAUCUUCUUGGCCUUUGCCCCUUGCAUUGGGGAAGCAUGGUUCUUUCCAAGCUGAUCUUUCUGCACUUAAGCCAGCUCUGCUUGCCUCGCUUUUGGGGACUGGUCCACAGUUCUGGUACUCCAAAGACCUUAGCCUCUUUCAGAGUGGUCCUUCUGUGAUGUGCAUCGUGCUGAUGAAGCUGCUGCCCCAGUCCCUUGCAGUGAUGAUCUGUAACUAGGGAAGGUAUGACAGCACUUGUUAGGCUGAGAUCUGCUUUGUGCCCCACCUGCACCACGCAGUGCCCUUACAAACAGGGACAGAGAGGAAGAAUUUCUCAAUCACGGGCUUCUGGGAGAGAGGUCCAUCAGAGCUGCAAUGUAUUUUGCUUUCUGGGGCUCUCUCUUAUUUGCUGCUUUGUUCCUCUACAAGUGCUGUCUCACCAUUGAAAAAGCCACAUCUGGCUUGAAGCCACUUGAAGCAGCUUGGACAAGAGACUUCCUGCUCUGAACAUUGAAUUAAUGGGCUUGGUCUUUUACACGAGUGAAAUCCUUUCAGACUUUUGUCCAUGUCAGGCUCCCAGCUCUACUAAUUAAGAGGCUUUUAACUCAGACAGUGUUUGUGAGCCACAGUGCAGCUGGGCUUUUGAAAAAAUGAGGAAAUGCUAGAGGUAGGGAUGUAAUGGGUUGGAUUUCAACUUCAAAAAAUGUCUCUGAGAGAGAACAGAACAUCCUCCUUGCAUCACCUUUUGUUUGCUGCAGCAAAGCUGGGGAGAUGUCAACUGCGUGGGCUGCUCUAGAACUGAUGAAGCUGAUAAUAAGAAAGUAAGGUCAUCUUUACUUCUGGGGUACUCAGUAUGUCUUAGACAGCUAGAGGGAUGUUUUAGAAAACAUUGCUUACUUGUGCCUUUGCUUAUUCUGGCUAUUUUCUGCAAUCCUGUCAUAGCUCUCACUUUGAAAUCCCAUUUGCUUUCCACCCAUGCUUCUGUCUGGUACAGGGUGAUGCUUGUACUGAGGCUGUAUCUUUGCAGAAGGAAUGGGACUGGAAAAACCCUUCAGGAAGGUGGCAUGUAGAAGCCAAUAAUUAUCAUUCAUCAAUAUUAUUCCUCACUAUAAUCACCUGUGAAAUCUAGGAAGCAUGAGAUAUUUGGGUCUCUUGUUUUUCUUUCAAGGCCAGCUUUGCCACUUUUACUUGAAUAUGAAAAUUCAGCUGGUGUUCCUUCUGACUUCUUUACUACUUUCACACACAGUCUUGCUAUCAGAAGCAAACUGACUGUCCAGCUAAUGCAUGGAAUCUAACUAGAGUCUCCAAAUUUUCCUGUGUUGUCUCCGUAACACAAAAUAUGCUUGGUAGGAGGGUUUGUUUGAGAAAGAGAAAUAGAGGAAAAACAUGGUCUGCCUUCUUAUUUUUUAUGCUUUCUUCCUUUCUUUCCUCUGCUGUGUUUCCCAAAGCUUGGGUCCAACUCUGUGUCCAUUGCUUGCCAGGGAUGUUUACUUGACUAGAAACAUAUAAUAGUACCCAUUUAUAGGUAGCCUUCUGCAGAGUUUAGUGUCACUUGAACAGAUAUUUAUUUGAAACAGAGGUGCUCUGGAAAAACACUGAUUUAAAAGGGGGAAUGAAGCGUUCUGCUUGUUCUGUGAAGCAGAACCACCCGCUGGCUCACAGACCAGCAGUAACAAACAGAGUCAAAGAGCGUGGGGCAUAAUUGCCUUCUCCUUUUGUGUCAGCUUCAUAUCGUUCUCGCAUGUGACAUUCUUCCUGGCCAUCAAGCUCUUUAUCCUCCCAUUGUACCAAGAGUGCAAACAGAAUUAGUUUGUUUGUUAUCGUGGCAUCUGUACAUGGCUUUUAAUUUCUUGGAGGUUAAAAAAACCCAAGCAACCCAACCCUCAAGCCCUCUUUGUCCAGCACUGUUUAAAUCUGCUCUCAGCUUGCUUGCACAGCUCUUUUCUGCUCUGCAAUGCAGAAAACAGGACUGCAGACAGAGAAAUCUAAAGCAAUCUGUGCAACAAGGCUUCAAGAAUGUGGUGGCAUUGCUGAAGAGGAGCUGUCUGGAGAAGGUGUCUGACUCCAUGAGAUCACUCUUCUUUGGCCCUGCCCUGGGGAAAAAGACUUUGAGAAGAUGGAGAACCAGAGUGGAGUGCUCUUGGGAUACAUCCGCUGGGAAGGAAAAGAGGAAGGGGGUGAGGAGAAUGGGGUGGCUCAUCGUGUUUCUCCUCCCAGCCAAAUGAGCAGACUGGAAGAUGUGCAGGUGGAGAUGCUUGAGAAAGCAAGGGAGCUCUUCCAGCUGUGUGACAAGGAUAAGAAGGGUUUUAUCACCAAGGUGGACAUGCAGCGGCUGCAGAGUGAACUCCCCCUAACCCCUGAGCAGCUGGAGACUGUUUUUGAUAGCUUGGAACAGAAUAAUAAAGGAUACCUGACACCUGUGGAGUUCAGCAUGGGUCUAGGAAAGUUAAUAGGGAUUGAAUUGUGUCAAGGGGCUGGGAGAACGGAUCACUCCAGACAUGAGGAGACCUUUGAGUCAGGCUGGUCAGAUGACUUGGACCCUGCAGAUGAUGAUGAAGAAGAGAAACGAUUCUGCUCCAUGAUGGAGCAGCUUGGAGCAGCCCAGUUGUUUGAAGACCCACAUGAGAUUCGGGAGCUCUGGGCUCGCCUACGAAAGGAGCGUCCAGAGCUCUUAUCCAAUUUUGAAGAGUUUCUGUUGCGUAUUUCAUCGUACAUAAAGGAGGUGAAUCAUGAGAAAGAGUCAAUGGAACAAGCAUUGAAGAGGAAGGAGUCAGAUCAUGAUCGAGAAGUCAGGUGCCUUUAUGAAGAAAUGGAACAACAGAUCAAAGUAGAAAGGGAGAAGCUGGUCUGCCAGGAAGCACUGAGGCAUGACAGGAGUAACUUGCUCCAGAAGGAGCUGCACAACAAAGAGCAGGAGCUGGAGAAAAUCCUCUACCGCCAGAAGAAGCUGGAACAUCAACUGCAGUCGCUGAACUCAGAGCAGCUGGAGACCCGCGUGCAGAAUGAGAGGCUCCGGCACCUGAAUGAAAACCUGCUGGAAGAGCUGGAGAAAAGCAAAUGGGAGCUAGAGGCAGUGAAGGGGCAGUUACAGAAGCUCCAGAAAGAGGCUCAGCUUGAGCAAGAGCAGAAGGACAGGGAUGUGUUUAGAGUCUCCAAGAACAUGCAGAAAGAGAAACAAAGCCUCCUUCGGCAGCUGGAGCUCCUCAGAGAAAUGAACAAGAAACUUCGAGAUGAGCGAGAUGCUUUUGAAGCCAAGAAGCUGGUGCCUCAGAACAAAAAGCCCCUGUUGAAGAAAGGGUCAGUGCUAGGCAGUUACCUGCUGGAGGACAAGCCUGUCAAACGACAACUGGCCUCUGCGGACCUUCCCUUCACCUUCCCAGUGGAUGUGGCAGUGGAAGAACCCAACAGGAAGAACUGUAAAUACUUCCCAGGCAACGGGUUAUGGAUGAAGACAGGAGAAGGAGGCAGCACAAACUUUGGAGAGAACAGCCGAGAUGAGGAGAGAUGGCCCUUGGCAGCAGAUCCUGAGUGGUUUAAGAUGACUUUGAAGGGUGACUCUGACUGCAGAAAAAAUGCAGAUGGCUUAGAUGCUGCUCUGCUGCCUCCCCGAGCCCAGCCUGUUGGCACCGAAACCAGGCUCCAAGCACUGGAACCAGCCAGCUGUUCCCCAGAUCGCAUCUUUAAAGUGGUGUUUGUAGGGAAUUCCGGUGUUGGGAAGAGUUCCUUCAUCCACUGCUUCUGCUAUGACAGGUUCUUGGCUGAGCUCAAUGCAACCAUUGGUAUCGACUACCAGGUGAAGAGCCUAAUGGUGGAUAACACCCAGGUUGCCUUACAGCUGUGGGAUACAGCUGGACAAGAGAGGUUUCGGAGCAUCACCAAGCAGUAUUUCCGGAAGGCAGACGGGAUCCUGGUGAUGUACGACAUUACGGCCGAGUGCUCCUUCCUGGCGGUGCGGAACUGGAUGAGCAGCAUCCAGGAAGGUAUAGAGGAUGGAGCUGUGGUCUUUCUGCUUGGAAAUAAAUUGGAUGCUGUGCAGAGAGAGACCCGGAAUGUACCCAAGGUGGAGGGUGAAAGGCUGGCGAAGGAGUACAAGGCUGUGUUCUAUGAGUGCAGCGCGAUGACUGGCUACAACAUCAUGGAGCCCAUGCUGCACAUGGCCAGGUUGCUGACAGCACAAGAAGACAGGCAGAGGGAGAAUGCCCUGCAGCUGGAGGAUAUCAGCAGGAGGAGAGGGUGCUGCACAUAAAGCACACCAAUGUGUCAGCAAGAGACGUGCCAAUGCUGUAUCAUGAAACUGGGGGUUUCUUUCAAGAAAGCUGAAUUUGAUGAUACCAGCUCUCUAGAGACUUGGGGAAGGUGCAGCUUUUCCUAGUCUGUGAAUUUUGAGGCAUGAAUCAGGCCAAAAUGUGCAUAUUAUCUGCAUAUUAUAUGCACAUUAACAUGCAUAUUAAGUCUGCAUGCAGCCCUGGUCUCUAGAGGCGUCUGCUUCUUUGGGGGAAUUUGGCUGGUCAUAGCUAGUAACACAGACUGGGCCUUCUGUCUGGAGAGGUUGCUUCCCUGUAAAGGGAUGCAGUCUUGUUGAUGUUCUUUAUGGCAAAGAAGUGGCCUAGCAGCAGAGAGCAGAGGAAAGUUGGGUCUGUAUUCAAUAGAAUUUCCACGUAAGACAGUAAAAUUAUUUUAAAUUUGGGCUAGCUCUAAGUAGUGAUCCAUCUAUCUCGGAGAGAAGCAUCUCCUCUUGGUUCUGCCGCAGCAGUGCUCAGCUGAGAGCCCAGUCUGGUGAGUGAGAAUGCUUCCACCACUUUCUGCAAGAUCUGGAUAGGGCCCUGGAUUUACUGCAGGAUUGGGUUGGACUUGUCAAUAUUGUAGUUAAUAGAUUCCAUAUGUGAUUAUAGUAUGAACUGAUAGGACAAGUCAUCCAAAUGGCUUUCAUUGCUUUGUCACCCCUAUGGACCUUUUCACUGUCCUAGCAGUGUCCUGUGUAUGUUUACGGAACACAGAGCAGUUGCCCUGGGACCCGCAGGCACUGCUGUGUGCUGCUGAUUCAUAGCCCAUUGCGGGAGCUGUGCUGUACAAACCAGGGCAGCCAUAUAUAGCCUGUUUUAAGGCUGAAUGCUGCCUGUUUCCUCCCAUUCU